CUAUCACCCUGGGAUGCCGCCCGCCGCCGCCCGCGCCGCUGCUGCCGGGCUGGAGCUACCCGCGGCGGCGCCGGAGCGCCAGCGGCGGCGGGACCAGGGCCCGAGAGUUCGGGGAGGAGGGGUGGGGGGCGGACCGGCCGCGCGUGCAGCAAAGGCUGAGGCGGGGCAGGAGGGAGCCGGCGUCUGCGGGCUGAGGGAGCCGCACAUCGGAGCCGCUGAGGUGGCGGCGGCGGAACCGGUCUGAGGGGGCGGUCUCAGGCGGCGACGCCCCCUGCCCAGCCCGGCUCCGUCCUUUCUGUGUCCGCGCGUUGUCCCUGCUCCUGGCCCGGCCCUGCCGCCCGCGUCGCCGGCGAGGGCUGAGGCGCGGGGACCGCACCUGAGCCGGGCCACGCUGGCGCCGCCCCCCGGGCCCGCCCGCCGGCCGCAGGUGGGCUGCAGCGUCCGGGCCGCGGGCAGUGGGCGGCGGGGACCCAGCUGAGGCCCCGGGCACCGUCCUCCGCCCCCUCCCCCCGCCCGCCGGCCACCAUGGAGCUGUCCCCGUCGUCCGGAGGCGCGGCGGAGGCGCUGUCCUGGCCGGAGCUGUUCCCCGGGCCCGAGGCGGACUCGCCGCUGCCCCCCGAGGAGCUGGACACGGCGGUGCCCGUGAGCGGGGCGACCGGCGGCAUGCUGGACCGCAUCCUCCUGGAGUCGGUGUGCCAGCAGCAGAGCUGGGUCCGCGUGUACGAUGUGAAAGGGCCUCCUACCCAUCAUUUGUCAUGUGGCCAGUCACCCUACACGGACACCACAACAUGGGAGCGGAAGUACUGCAUACUCACAGACAGCCAGUUGGUGUUGCUCAACAAGGAGAAGGAGAUACCUUUGGAGGGACAGGAGCAGCAGACAGAUUCCACCAAAGGGCGUUGCUUGAGGAGAACUGUGAGUGUUCCUUCCGAGGGUCAGUUUCCUGAGUACCCACCAGAGGGCACCACAAAACUGGAGGUGCCAGCAGAAAGGUCCCCUCGCAGACGGAGUAUCUCAGGGACCAGUACAUCAGAGAAGCCCAACUGUAUGGACACUGCAAAUACCUCACCCUUCAAAGUACCAGGAUUCUUCAGCAAGCGCCUGAAAGGUUCCAUCAAGAGGACCAAAAGCCAAUCAAAACUGGACAGAAACACCAGCUUUAGGCUUCCAUCCCUUCGCAAUACAGAUGACAGGUCUCGUGGACUGCCUAAACUAAAAGAAUCACGUUCCCAUGAAUCCUUGUUGAGCCCAUGCAGUGCAGUGGAAUGUCUGGAUCUUGGUAGAGGGGAGCCUGUAUCAGUGAAACCUCUCCAUAGCAGUAUCCUUGGACAAGAUUUCUGCUUUGAGGUUACCUACUUAAGUGGAAGUAAGUGUUUCAGCUGUAACUCUGCCUCAGAGAGAGAUAAGUGGAUGGAAAAUCUUCGCAGGACAGUUCAACCAAAUAAGGAUAAUUGCAGACGAGCUGAAAAUGUUCUUCGUUUAUGGAUCAUUGAAGCUAAGGACCUUGCCCCGAAAAAAAAAUAUUUCUGCGAACUGUGCCUUGAUGAUACUCUUUUUGCUCGUACAACCAGCAAGACCAAAGCAGACAAUAUUUUCUGGGGUGAACAUUUUGAAUUCUAUAGCCUUCCAUCUAUUCAUAGUAUUACAGUUCAUAUUUAUAAAGAUGUGGAAAAAAAGAAGAAAAAAGACAAGAAUAAUUAUGUAGGGCUAGUUAACAUCCCCACUGCCAGUGUGACUGGUCGACAAUUUGUAGAAAAAUGGUACCCAGUAAGUACACCUACGCCUAACAAAGGAAAGACUGGAGGACCUUCCAUUCGAAUUAAGUCACGCUUCCAAACUAUCACCAUUCUGCCUAUGGAGCAAUACAAAGAAUUUGCAGAGUUUGUCACCAGCAAUUAUACCAUGCUGUGUUCUGUCCUUGAGCCAGUCAUUAGUGUGAGAAAUAAAGAAGAGUUAGCUUGUGCAUUAGUUCACAUUCUUCAAAGUACAGGGCGAGCCAAGGAUUUUCUGACCGACUUGGUGAUGUCUGAGGUGGAUCGUUGUGGAGAGCAUGAUGUCUUGAUCUUCAGAGAAAACACCAUUGCCACCAAAUCCAUUGAGGAAUACCUCAAGUUGGUGGGACAACAGUAUCUACAUGAUGCACUGGGUGAAUUCAUCAAAGCUUUGUAUGAGUCAGAUGAGAACUGUGAAGUAGAUCCCAGCAAAUGUUCAUCUAGUGAACUGAUAGACCAUCAGAGCAACCUGAAAAUGUGUUGUGAGCUUGCUUUCUGCAAAAUCAUCAACUCCUACUGUGUUUUUCCUCGUGAGUUGAAAGAAGUGUUUGCAUCAUGGAAGCAGCAGUGUCUGAACCGAGGCAAGCAAGAUAUCAGUGAGCGACUCAUCAGUGCCUCUUUGUUCCUUCGGUUCUUAUGCCCAGCCAUUAUGUCUCCCAGUCUUUUCAACCUUAUGCAGGAGUAUCCUGAUGAUCGUACGUCUCGGACUCUCACUCUUAUUGCCAAGGUCAUUCAGAACCUGGCUAACUUUGCCAAAUUUGGUAAUAAAGAAGAAUAUAUGGCAUUCAUGAAUGAUUUCUUAGAACAUGAAUGGGGUGGAAUGAAACGCUUUCUUUUGGAGAUCUCUAAUCCAGACACCAUUUCAAAUACCCCAGGAUUUGAUGGUUACAUUGAUCUGGGCAGAGAGCUUUCCGUUUUACAUUCCUUGCUGUGGGAAGUAGUCUCCCAGCUUGAUAAGGGUGAAAAUUCCUUCCUACAGGCAACGGUGGCAAAGUUGGGACCUCUCCCUCGAGUUCUUGCUGAUAUCACCAAGUCUCUGACUAAUCCUACACCAAUACAGCAACAAUUGAGACGCUUCACUGAGCAUAACUCCAGUCCAAAUGUCAGUGGAAGUCUGUCUUCUGGGCUGCAGAAAAUAUUUGAAGACCCCACUGACAGUGAUUUGCACAAGCUGAAAUCUCCAAGCCAGGACAACACAGAUAGCUAUUUCAGAGGGAAAACAUUAUUGCUGGUUCAGCAAGCCUCCUCCCAGAGCAUGACGUAUUCUGAAAAGGAUGAGAAGGAGAGUAGCCUUCCUAAUGGUCGAAGCAUCUCCCUCAUGGACCUUCAGGACACUCAUGCUUCGCAAAUGGAGCAUGCAUCUGUCAUGUUGGAUGUGCCUAUGCGCUUGACCGGAAGCCAGCUCUCCAUAACCCAGGUGGCCAGCAUCAAACAACUACGGGAAACACAGAGCACUCCCCAGAGUGCACCCCAAGUGAGAAGACCCUUGCACCCUGCCUUGAACCAGCCUUUAUCUUUCCAGAACCCUGUCUAUCACCUCAAUAACCCGAUUCCAGCAAUGCCAAAGGCCUCUGUGGAUUCAAGUUUGGAGAACCUAAGCACUGCCAGUUCAAGAAGCCAAAGUAACAGUGAGGACUUCAAACUCAGUGGACCCAGUAAUAGCAGCAUGGAAGAUUUUACCAAGCGGAGCACCCAGAGUGAAGACUUCUCCAGACGGCACACGGUACCAGACAGACACAUACCUCUUGUUCUGCCUCGGCAGAAUAGUACUGGGCAGGCCCAAAUCCGAAAAAUGGACCAGACUGGACUAGGUGCCCGAGCCAAAGCCCCACCAUCCCUACCACACAGUGCUUCCCUGCGCAGCACUGAGAGCAUGUCUGUGGUAUCUGCAGCCCUGGUAGCUGAACCUGUACAGAAUGGAAGCCGGUCCAGGCAACAGUCCUCGUCCUCCAGGGAGAGCCCCGUUCCCAAAGUGAGAGCCAUCCAGAGACAGCAGACCCAGCAGGUUCAGUCACCUGUUGACUCUGCUACAAUGUCCCCAGUAGAAAGGACAGCAGCUUGGGUUCUGAACAAUGGACAAUAUGAAGAGGAUGUAGAAGAAACAGAGCAAAAUCCAGAUGAAGCCAAGCAUGCUGAGAAGUAUGAACAGGAAAUCACAAAACUGAAGGAUCGCCUGAGAGUGUCCAGCCGACGGCUGGAGGAAUAUGAACGCCGACUGCUGGUGCAGGAGCAGCAAAUGCAAAAGCUGCUGCUGGAGUACAAGGCCCGGCUAGAGGACAGUGAGGAGCGGUUGCGCAGGCAGCAGGAAGAAAAAGAUAGCCAGAUGAAAAGCAUCAUCAGCAGGCUAAUGGCUGUGGAAGAGGAACUGAAGAAGGAUCAUGCUGAAAUGCAAGCAGUUAUUGAUGCAAAGCAGAAAAUAAUUGAUGCACAGGAAAAGCGCAUUAUGUCCCUGGAUUCAGCCAACACCAGACUGAUGAGUGCACUGACCCAAGUGAAGGAGCGUUACAGCAUGCAGGUCCGGAAUGGCAUCUCACCCACCAACCCCACCAAGCUUUCCAUCACGGAAAAUGGUGAAUUCAAAAACAGCAGCUGCUGAUGGGCGUGGUGGAUAGACAGACUGCAGCAGGAUACAGCAGGAAAUGUCUCAGCUCUCCUACCCCCAGCUCUUCACCUAACCCCACCAGGUUUACACAGCGUGGCUACUUCAAAAUGGCUGUGGGGCAAAAGGCUUCUGAAUGAAAAAAGGAACGGUGUCUUUCAGUUGAGACUUGCAGGAUCCAUGCUUUCUCCUGUCUCUGUGUACAUAGAGAACUUUGUUCUGGGCCAUGUACAGAAAUGCCACUGUAAUAUAACAAAAGGAAGUUAAUAAUGUAGAUGAUCUUUUUAAUUAUUGCUAUUUUAUUAUUGCUUUCUUCUUGUUGAAAGCACUGCAGUUGUUAGAGGAAGAAAGUAGAAACUAUUUGUGCUUGAGAGAUAAACCUGGAGGUCAGUAGAUAGAGGCCAAAUGUCUGUGAUAGAAGCACAGGAAGUGUGAUAGAACGUCAGAAUUCAUUUUUCAGGGAUUCUUCUACCAGUUUAAAAACCCUACUCCUGCCCCCAGGAUCUGUAGUACUAUGCACAUAUCAAAAUCCAAACUAAACAGUUUAUUCAUUUGUUCAUCAACCAAGCCUGGUUCUGAAUGCACAGCUAAUCUGAUCUUGGGGUACAUUGUUUUAGAGAUAAGAGCUGUUGCAUCAAAACUGGAUAUUAAGAGUGGUUACUAUUGAACUCCUGUUGAUGUAUAUUUCUCUCUGUGUAUAGCAGAUAGAAAUGUCUCAUUUUAGCUAGGGGGCCUAAUAAAGUUGUAAUAAAAGGGCCUUCUUUUUCCCCAUUAGAGUUUACAAAACUAUAAAUAGUUGUCUCUGUUUACCAUCUUCAUGUUUUCACAUCCUCUGCCCUCUCCCAUGUUGGGAGAAAUCAUCACCAACAAGGAUUAUAUUCUCCUAGAAAGGCUAUUUAAACUUGCUAUCCAUAAGCUAUCUGAAAUAAACACCCUUUCUUUCACACAGAAAAGGGCUAGCUAUAUCAUAACAGGAAUCUCUGAGUAUUUCCUACUAUUUUUUUUCUAUUUGUAAGUUAUAAUAUUAGUUUGAGAAUAAAGAAUUUAUCCACAGUACUAGCAAAUAUCUGGGCAGGGUACUUUUAUCUGUCUUCAUCUUUUUAAAUUUCUACUUUCUCUAAUCCCUUCAGUAAAAUUUGGAAAGGAAACUUAGACCUGAAGUAUCACUCUUUCUUAAGAGUGGUGUUCACUCUAAUGGAAAAAUCUAAACUGGUGAGGACAAUGCAUUUUAUGCUUUUAGCAGAUUUGGCAAUAAUGACCCAGUUUCACCAGUCAUCAUCAUCAUCUUCAUUAUAGGACAGAAAAAAAUGUGGAAACAAAUUUAUUUGAACUUUUUUCCUGAAGGAGUGAAAAUAUCAUCUUGAUUAUCAGAAAGAUGGAGUUACAUGUUAAGCAGACCUUAAAUAUACAUGCAUAUAUACAUGUAUAAUUCACAUGUGUACAUAUAACUGCACAAAUAGGGAGAGUUCAUGCCUUCUAUGCUGUCAGAAAGUUUAAAAGGUUUUGUGUCUAUUUAAGAUCUAAGCAGUUGUUUAUAUUAAGAACACUGUUUUUCAAGUAAGUUAAUGAUGUUUAUUUUAAUUAUAAAUUUAAAUGAAUUCUCUUUUAAAGGAAAAAGGGAUAGGAAAAGGGAAAAAAAAAAAGUCCCAAGGAUAUAGAGUGAAUGUUUCCAUGAAAGAAAAACUUGUAAAGAAACGAAAACAUCUGCACAUCCUCUCUUGAGUGAAGCCCAGCAUUGCCAAGCCUCCCGUUUCACACUGGCUGUGUCCUGCCUUUCGUGUGUUCCCUUCUCUCAGGUGGAUCUCUGCGUGGGACCUUGCAUCUCAGCAACCUCACUAUGGUUCCCACUCCAUACCCUGUUAAAUAUAUAGUUAAAUCCUAUAUCUAAACCUUUUUUGUUUUUGCUGUUUUUUCAGUUCAUUGGGAGGAAGCUUAGUGGUUUGCCCUCCAUAAGUAAGGUUUUUAACAUAUGGACACAUGAAUAAUCUAAACCUUUUCAAUCACUUUCCUUUGAAAUACUUAUGUUUCUGCCUGUCACAGAUCUCAGCCAGGAGCUUCUAUUUGGGCUUCUCUGAUUUUCAGACUUCAUGCCACACAUUUGAGCAUUUGUAUACUUUCUCAACCCUUGAUCUUAACAUGAUCUUAUUUCUUCUCUUUAAGCUGAGGGUACACUGUGGUUAAGAUCACUUUUUUUAAUAUGGAAAAAAUAUAUACUAUUUCUCAAAUAGCACCUCAUGUGGGAGAAGGGGCAUGCAAGCAUAGGGUUAUUCUUGUCAGUGAUUGUUCUGGGCUCUAGCUAUGUUUAAUUCAUUCUUUGUAAAAGUCUCAAAUUAGGCCACAGAACACCUGGUAAAAGUCUGUCAGUUUCAUUGACCUUCAGUAUGUAAUGUGGACAGAAGACACAUACACAGAAAAACAAUUUUUUAUGCAUCUUGCUGAUAUUGUGGGAAUUCUUUACUGUGUACCUACUGAUUUGAAAUCAGAUUAGAUUCCCAAUUUAUUAUCAGGUUGCCUAUAUUGAAAAUAAAAUAAGUAAAUAGAAAUAAGCUAGAAGUUAAUAUUGUUACCAGGUGUUCAUUUUUAGACUAUCUUUUGAGUCUACUCUUAUUCAAAUGUUUUUCUGAGUUUUCCUUUAGAGAAUGCUACAAUCUAUUGAAUUCCUUCUAAUAUUUUUUUUAAAUAGGAAAGAAGGCAGUAUCAGUUGAUGGUAUUUAUUACAAAACCCAAAUAGGUGCAAGCCUCUGUCUUGAUGGGAGGAGGUAUGUGGUUGAAAAGAUGAACAAAGAUAACCAAGUGUCACACUCCUUUCACCUGGCACAUAGGAGUACAGGACAGACCAAGGGGCGGAUAGGACUUGGAAUGCAGGCAAAAAAACUUAAAAAGAGCUUAUCUAGGGGCCGGGUGGUGGUGCACCUGGCUGAGCACAUGUGUUACAAUGUGCAGGCACCCGGGUUUGAGCCCCCGGUCCCCACCUGCAGGGGGAAAGUUUCACAAGUGGUGAAGCAGGGCUGCAGGUGUCUCUCUUGUCUCUCUCCCUCUCUAUCACCCCUCUUCCUCUUGAUUUCUGGCUGUCUCUAUCCAAUAAAUAAAAAAAUUAAAAGAGCUUAUCUAGCUGGCACGUAAAUGUGUCUAUUAACAAGGGAGUGUUGGUAGUGUUUAGGAAAAGAGCUUGUGUUCUUUCAUUAUCACUGUAGCAGUAGGCUUUCUGGGGCCAAGAGGCAAAAGGGAUUAUAUCCAUCACCCCCUAGGAUAGCAUAUAGCAAAUCAUAUAGAGAAGAGAUUAGAGAAAGUAGCCAACAAACUGACUGUGUUCAAGGCUGUUACCAAGGCAGAAGACUGGGCCAAAAAGGAAAGUGUGGUGAAAUAAGGUAACCCUUCAAACAAUUUGUUGUUAUUUUUUUUAAACUUGGAACCAAACUGUUCAGAGUUAACUUGUUUCUGUUUCCACCUUUUCCUCCAAUGAUUUUGGAUAGUGAAGGAUUUCCUCUCUACAACUGCUAUGUGCCCUCAAGAAUUAAGCUUGAUUUCAUAAGUAAAUUUUCCAGACUUUGGCCUAUCUAACCUGUCACUGGUAGACUGUGUUGGGGACAGCUCUUUGUUAGAGCAAGAUGAUUGUCUUCAAGUGAGUUUGUGUUCAUAUGCACUGGGCCUUCCAUCUAGCCUUAGUUUUUAUCUCCACUUUAGAGUCCCCCAGGUGGGACCAAACUUGGGAAAGUAACUCUUUUCUUAAGUCCCAUAUGACCCUGAGCUCCAGACUUGACACCAGACUAGAUUUGUCACUUGACACUGGCAGUUCCAGAGUCCACUUCACAGCUUCUGUGUGUAUUUAACCACACUUUUGGAGGCUACCUUUUGCAGAUUGUUGAAGACAAGAGCUCUGUUUUUGCCAUUCCCUCUUCAUUUCCUCAAGUCUACUAAUUAUAUCUGCCAGUAAAUAACUGUCUUCCUAUCCCCUCUCUGGGAUGAGAAAACCAGGAAUAGUUUGCUUUUACCAAGUUAUCAACUGAAAGAACCUAUUGUGCUAGUUAAAAAAAAGAAAGAAAGAUGUGGUAGAGUAUUGAAUUUUUUAAGUAGAAUUACAGUUCAUGUUUGAUCAUUACUAGUCCUAGAAGCAUUCUCUUGUCAUAACCCAGUUAUGAUUGCAGUUGAGUUCAGGGAUAACAACAUAAUUAAAUUUGCAUGAAAUGGAAAAAAUAUUUCAUGAGAUGUGAAAGAACCUGAGGAAGGUACAUGACCCAAAAAGGGACUGAUACACAGCAGCCUGUCAGAAUGGUUUGAGGAUACAGCAGAGUGUGUGUCCACAGCUCAUUUUAAUAGAAAGGCAGUUUCUGUAGAUAACAUGCAUAGAUGAAGCACAUGAUUCAUAAGGUUUCCUUUUUUCUGAAUGUCAGUCCAUCUUACAGAGCAGUGAUCCCCAAACUUUCUUGAGAACUUUUUAUUUUUCUGCUCUCAUUUGUUAUAUAACAGUGGUUCUUCUUUAAAAAUGUACCAUAUGUGUUAUAUGUAUAUAUAUAAGUUAAAGUGACUUGAAAUUAAUUUGGUUUGACAUUGUAUCAAGAACCCUAGAUAUCAUUAAUGAUAUCAUGGGGAGUUGUAGAAAGAAAGCUGAAUACCACAGAUCUGCAAGUAGGAUCCAAAAAGAAGUAGCUGUGAUUCCUGGUCAGAUAAUCCUCAGGUGUUUGAGUAACCAACCCAGCAAGACUUAGCAAAUGUGGUGAGUAACCCAAAAAAAAAAAAAAGUGAUGGGUUUUAACCAUAUUUCAGCAUACAUUUUAAUCUCCUUGUCAAUUCUCAUUUUCCAGUUAGAUGCCCUCAUCUUCACUAGGAAAUGUUUUUGUUUGUUUUUCAGUUUGGGGCAUAAAAUUAGGUUUAUUUGUUGCUGUAGAGAAAUUUCCACCAACUCUGUAUUUUAGGGGCUUCCAUCACCUGUUAGAGAUAUAGAUAUUUUUAUGUCAUUUCUAAAUUCCCAAGCAAAAAGUUUCGUUUCCCAAUUUCUUCAAAGAUCAAAUGCUAAUUGUCUCUGACCACUAUCCUGCAGAGAAAAUAAAUAGUAAUGAUUAAAUGUUGACCUGUGCUUAGACAUUUCCUAGUUACAUUAAAAUUAACUCAAGCAGACAGCUGCACAUUAACCUGAGUCACACCUAUGAUGAAUUUACCUUCUAAAUUUGAUUUCCCUACUUCUUUUUUUCUUUCCUUUUUUUUUUUUUGUCAUUUCCAGGGCCUUAAAGAGAGUGUGUUAAUAUACAUGACUAUUUUACAAUGAUAGUUCUAAAUAAUUUAUUUUUAUUUCAAGAAAGAGAAGUACAUCUUAGAAAAACAAAACCCAAGAUUUUAUUUUAUUUUUGAAGCCAUGUUUUUGUGCUUGUAGCACUUAGAUUAUUCCAUAUGUGAGACCCAUAUCUGCAUUUCAUCACCUGGGUUUGUUCUAAAGAAGAUUUAUUUUUGUUCUGUGAAUAAUUUUUUGAUGGUUCUUGUACUUGUACAGAUAUAGAUAAUGUUUGAGGUCUUUUAUUGAUAUUCCUACAAAGAAUACAAAUAAACUUUAACUUUAAACA